GUUUCACCUGAAGAAGCAAUCCUAGGCUCUCUAUGUGACACUGACUUCUGCCAAAGGAGAACUCAGAAAUUCUUAAUCUUCCUUACAAGUUUCCCUUACCAAAACCUUAAUUACUUGUAUGUUAGAAGCAAACAAGUUGUAGCAGGCUUUGUUUUGCCAAAUUUUGAAUAGUAUAUAAGCUUAUUCUUAGAGUCUGCUUUUUCCAUGUUAGUGUCUCAAAAGCUCAGAAUGUCACUGCUAACUAUGUUUCAACAGAGACUUAACAAAUCCUUUUCUCUUCUUUGGCUUCAUUUGUUUCUAAUCUUGCUGACAAGUGCUUCAGUUAAUGGAGUAGAGAAAAAGAAAUUUUACAUUGCAUUCUUGGGAGCUAAUCCUGUGAGCACAGACAAUGCAAUUGAGACUCAUUUGAAUGUUCUAUCUGCUGUGAAGGGAAGCCACCUUGAAGCCAAAGAAUCUAUUGUAUAUAGCUACACAAAGAGCUUCAAUGCAUUUGCUGCAAAACUGUCUGAGAAAGAAGCCAAGAAAUUAUCUUCCAUGGAUGAAGUACUCUUGGUAUUUCAAAAUCAGUACCGAAAGCUACACACAACAAGAUCAUGGAACUUCGUUGGGUUACCUCAGACUGCUAAGAGAAGAUUGAAGAAAGAGAGUAAUGUAGUUGUUGCUCUUUUAGAUACAGGGAUCACACCUGAGUCUAAAAGCUUCAAGGAUGAUGGAUUUGGUCCUCCACCAGCAAAAUGGAAAGGAACUUGUGGCCACUAUGCAAAUUUCUCAGGAUGCAAUAACAAGAUCAUUGGAGCCAAAUACUUCAAGGCUGAUGGAGACAUUUUUGAACCAGAUAUAUUAUCUCCAAUUGAUGUUGAUGGCCAUGGCACUCACACAGCAUCAACGGCUGCAGGGACUCUGGUCCCCAAUGCAAGUCUCUUUGGGCUGGCCAAUGGCACGGCACGCGGCGCUGUGCCAUCAGCUAGGUUGGCAAUGUACAAGGUCUGCUGGUCACUCACUGGAUGUGCAGACAUGGACAUACUUGCUGCAUUUGAAGCUGCUAUCCAUGAUGGUGUGGAUGUCAUAUCCAUUUCCAUAGGUGGAGGCAAUGCAGAUUAUGAUCAUGACUCUAUUGCAAUUGGUGCAUUUCAUGCCAUGAAGAAAGGUAUAAUCACAGUUGCCUCAGCUGGAAAUGAUGGUCCAAGUAUGGGAACUGUAACAAAUACUGCACCAUGGAUUGUAACAGUAGCAGCUAGUGGCAUUGACAGAACUUUCAGGAGCACUGCGCAGUUAGGCAGUGGAAAGAAUGUUUCUGGGAUAGGAGUGAACUGUUUCAAUCCAAAACGAAAAGAGUACUCUCUUAUCAAUGGGAUUGAUGCAGCCAAGGACUCAAAGAGUAAGGAUGAUGCAGGUUUCUGCUAUGAAGACUCCUUAGAGCCAAAUAAGGUGAAGGGAAAGCUUGUUUACUGCAAAUUAGGAAAUUGGGGCACUGAAGGUGUUGUGAAAAAAUUUGGGGGAAUUGGUAGUAUAAUGGAAAGUGACCAAUAUCCUGAUCUUGCUCAAAUUUUCAUGGCUCCUGCUACCAUUCUGAAUCAUACCAUAGGUGAAAGUGUUACCAAUUAUAUAAAAUCCACAAGAUCGCCCUCAGCAGUGAUAUACAAGACACAUGAGGAAAAAUGUCCUGCUCCAUUUGUUGCUACAUUCUCAUCUAGAGGUCCAAAUCCAGGAUCUCAUAAUGUUCUCAAGCCUGACAUUGCAGCUCCUGGCAUUGACAUCUUGGCAUCUUAUACUCUUAGAAAGUCAAUCACUGGUUCUGAAGGGGAUACCCAAUUUUCAGAAUUUUCUCUAUUGUCUGGGACUUCCAUGGCAUGUCCUCAUGUUGCUGGAGUAGCAGCAUAUGUGAAAUCAUUUCAUCCAAAUUGGACUCCUGCUGCAAUCAGAUCUGCUAUUAUCACCACAGCCAAACCUAUGAGCAGAAGAAUCAACAAUGAUGCUGAAUUUGCCUUUGGUUCUGGUCAAUUGAACCCAACAAGAGCUUUGAACCCUGGUCUGGUCUAUGAUAUGGAUGACUUUGCAUACAUCCAGUUCCUAUGCAAUGAGGGUUAUAAUGGUUCAAGUUUAUCGGCAUUAGUUGGUUCUCCUAUAAAUUGCUCCUCUUUGAUUCCUGGGCUUGGCCAUGAUGCUAUGAACUACCCCAGCAUGCAACUUAGCUUGGAAAGCAACAAAGCCACAAAAAUGGUAGUUUUCAGAAGAACAGUGACUAAUGUGGGUCCUGCUCCAACUAUCUACAAUGCCACAAUUAGAUCACCUAAAGGAGUGGAAAUCACAGUGAAGCCUAGUACCCUCGUUUUUUCAAAAACCAUGAAGAAGAAGAGCUUCAAAGUAGUUGUGAAUGUCAAAUCUAUUGCAAGUAUGAAAAUGCUAUCAGGUUUACUUAUAUGGAGGAACCCACGUUACAUUGUCAGGAGCCCUAUAGUUAUCUACAGACAAUAAGGUUACAGUUUGUAGUAACCGAACCCAUGCUUUCAGAAUUUGGACUUGUAGCACUUGUUUUGCACAACGUUGACAUUUUCAUUAUCCAAUGAUUACAGAACUCUCUCUGUAUCCAGUGCCAAAAUCAAAUAAAAUUGCUGAUCUAAUUUUAUGGA